UGUCAUCAGGAAGUGGAGGGCCAGCAUCUGGGAAGGGGAAGUACAGAAAUUCCACCGACACACUCAGAGCAAACUCUGGAUCACAAAGAGAGAGAGAGAAAGACAGGGAGAGAUUCAGAGAGAGAGAGAGGGAGAGAGGAGGGACCGCAUCGGACCAGGAGAGCAGCUAUGGACGUGGUGGAGGGGAUCCUGACAGCAGCCAAGGUCAUCUACGACCAGAGCCAGCAGAUGAAGUGCUGCAAGAAGCAGAAGGCGCGCCUCGUGCAUCGGAUGGAGAUGGUGCUGCGGCCCGUCCGGCUCCUCCAGAGGCAGCCCGCCCGCGCCUUGUCCGCCGACUUGGAACUGAUCCUCCAGUCCAUGCUGGGCCUCCUGGAAGAAGCCCAGAGGCUGUUCGACAAGUACAAGGGCCAGAACUGGCUGGAGAAGAUCGUCCGGGCCGGCGACAUGCUGGAGCAGUUCGCCGACCUGAACACGCGUUUCAGCGACGUGGCCGAAGGGCUCCUGCUGCAGCUGCAGGUGGAGCAGAAGGUCCUGGCCUGCUUCGAGAGGCAGGUGGUGAGCAAGGAGAGCUGCCAAGAUCUGGCGGAGGACAAGGUCUCCCUGAAGGAGAUGCUCAAAGAACAGGGGGCUGAUCCUCCACUGGAGAUUGCAGAGAUAAAGAAGAGCUUGAUAACAAACCUGACGUGCGUCAUGGAAGCAAAGCAAUACACGCUGUACAAAGGAGAAUAUUACAAGUUUCCUGUGGCUGUCAAAGUCUUCAAAAAUCCUUUGACCACCGACACGAAGAAGGUAAGGAAAAUCUUUGAGGAGGAAAUCAGAGCACUGAAGAGGCUUGAGUCCCCCUGCAUUCUGCGGAUGUAUGGAAUCUGCAUAGAUGAGACUGGCUCAAUCCCCGAAUACUCCAUUGUGAUGGAGUAUUGUGAACAAGGCACUCUGAGGGAAGUGCUGAAAAGAGAACCUGACUUAUCCUGGAAGAUUCGCACAGAAAUGGCCUCAGAUGCUGCCGCUGGUCUUUACAGGCUGCAUCAGACGGGAGGCAUGUGUCAGCUGCACCGGUCCAUCGAUAGCACCAAAUUCCUGGUUGCCAAAGGCUAUUGUGUAAAGCUGUCAGGAUUCAAACUGGAUCAGACACAGUCCUCCAUCAGUAAGAAGUCCAAGGAGAAAGUCCAUAAAGAGGUCUCUGCUUCAGCCUACAUCUGCCCUGAGGGUCUGGCAUCCGUGAACCAUCAGUACAACCUGGCCAGUGAGAUGUACAGCUUUGGAAUCGUACUGUGGGAGAUCGCAACAGGCAAGAUCCCCUUUGCAGGAUGCAGUUCAAAGGAGAUCUAUGAGAAAGUUCAUGAGCAGAAGUACCAGGAGCCUGUGGGAGAAGAUUGCCCAAUCUACUUGCGCGACAUCAUCAACCGGUGUCGGGACUUUGAGCCUUCCAAGCGCCCAUCUGCUGAAGAGAUUGUGAAUCGACUCCUUAUUGACCAAGAUCACCAGAAUGACUCCGUGGCUGUAUGAGAGGGCAUCUAGCAUGUCCCUGUAGAAGGUGCUAAGUUGUUCUCGGCAAAAGCUAUGGGGUUACCUGAUUCAAGGGCCCAGACCCUGUUGCAUUUGCACAAAAUGCUAAGCCAAGAUUUGCUCUGUCCCCCCCUUUUAAAAAAACAAACACAUAAGCCAGAGUCAGUCUCACAACAAAUGAUGUGAUUGUGAUUUGUUUGAUUCCAUACUGGUUUGGUUUCCCUCUGCAUCUCUUCUGCCAGUACCUGGGUGGUUUUCCAAAUACCCUAGCAGCUGAAAAGACCGGCACAGCUUCAAGUCCUCACCCGCCGUCUCACACUUGCCUGGCAGAAGAAUCGGGGCUUGGAAAUCUUUCUGGCAUCUGGGGAUUUUAUUACAUCCAACACUUCUGGGUUUUCUCCAAUGAGGGCUCAUUAGA